AUGUCUGCCUUCCCUUCCGACAUGCCAUCAAACUCCGGCGCCAGCUUCGACGAACGCCGGUGGGUCAUUCACGUCCGCCAGAGCCUGGACGAGGAGAUUGAAGAAGAGUCCGAAACCCCCGUCAGCAUUUUCAGCGUACCCAAGAAUUUAAUGGUGGCUGAUCCGGACUCCUACGUUCCCCAACUGGUGGCCAUCGGCCCGUACCAUUACUGGCGCCCGGAGCUCUACGAUAUGGAGAGGUACAAGCUCGCCGCCGCCAAGAGAACUCAGAAGAAUUUGCACACUUUCAAGUUCCACCAUCUUGUUGAUCAGGUGACCAAAUAUGAACAUAGGAUUCGAGCACACUACCACAAGUUCUUGAAUUUCAACUGCGAAACUCUGGGGUGGAUGGUGGCGGUGGACGCUUCGUUCUUGCUGGAGUUUCUUCAGGUAUACGCAGCUCAAGAAGGGAAGGUUCGGACUGGGGUUUCAUCAAGAAUGUCGCAUUUGGUGGACAUUUCCGGGAGAAAAUCUGCCCACAACGCCAUUCUCAGGGACAUGUUAAUGCUUGAGAAUCAAAUCCCAUUGUUUGUGCUGCGAAAAAUGCUGGAAUUUCAGUCCUCUUCUUUGGAGGUGGCAAACAACACGUUGAUGUGCAUGCUGAUUGGGUUCUGCAAAGAGGUUUCCCCAUUCAAGAUGGUGGAAGUAUUGCCCAAAGUGGAGAUCAAAGAUUGUGCACAUUUGCUAGACGUUGUGUACCAUUUAAUCGUGCCCAAAUGUGAAGGUUGCACCACAGAAAUAACCGAGGAAGGUGACGGCGGAAUGACCCCAAUAACCGACCACGGCGAAAACACAUCUUUCGGACAACCUAGUUCUGUCCGACAGCUCGCCGACGAGGUUUGGAAAAUAGUUGUGAAGAUACACAAAGGCCCGGCACGUUUGAUCAAGAGAGUUGUGUUGUCGAGGCCUGUUAAGGUUAUGUUGAAGCUGCCAUGGAAAUUGCUGUCGAAUCUCCCUGGGCUAAAGUUUGUACUACAACCCAUUGCUUACUUGUGCCUCUAUCAAGAGAAAGACAACGGUAAACCGGAAAGCGAAAACCCGCCGGACUCCGACAAGCCUCCGUUAGUAGAGGAAAUCGCUAUCCCGUCGGUGACUGAGCUCUUCGAAGCUGGAGUAAGUUUUGUUCCCACCAAGGAAGGAAUAGCCAGCAUUUGCUUCGACGACAAAAAGGUGGCGCUUUAUCUCCCCCGCAUUAGUCUAGACUUAAACACCGAGGUAUUGUUAAGGAAUCUUGUAGCAUAUGAGGCCUGUAAUGCUUCAGGGCCCGUAGUAUUUACCCGUUAUACUGAGUUAAUGAAUGGGAUUAUUGAUACGGAAGAGGAUGCGAGGGUGCUAAGGGAGAGAGGGAUAAUUUUGAACCGAUUGAAGAGUGAUGGGGAUGUGGCUAAGUUGUGGAAUGGAAUGAGCAGAUCGGUGAGGUUGACCAAAGUGCCCUUCUUGGAUAAGGCAAUUGAAGAUGUGAACAAGUAUUACAAUGGGAGAUGGAAGGUUAAAAUGGGAAACCUCAUGAAGGAAUAUGUGUUUGAGUCAUGGCGGUUCCUCACACUCUUGGCUGCAAUUAUGCUCUUGCUUUUGAUGAGUCUGCAGGCAAUUUGUUCAGUUUAUAGUUGUGCUCGUCUUUUCCAUCUUAAUACUAAUAGUACGAGUACUAGUCGAUCGUGACUGAAAAUUCUGCUUAUCGAUCAAUACGAGAU